AUGUGGACCAAACUGUUGAUUCCGUUGCUAUCCAUUUUUUCCUUGUGUUAUAGUAGACAAUUUCAUUUAGACCAAUUGCGAAACGCAGCAUGCUUCAACAUUGAAUCACCAACAACAAUUGCAAUCACCAAGACCUUGGGCCAAUUACCAUUGCCCAUUCUUCUAUUUGAAUACGAGCAUCGCAAAACUAUUGAAGAUUUACCAAAUUUCGAUUUCUUAGUCACAGAUGGGAAAUUGGAUGAGUAUUUCCAAUUUGGAGAGUUUACAUUUGCAAACACAGAUAAUACGCAAUACAAAAAGAGUGAUGUUUUAAAAGAGUUCUUAUCCUACAAUAUUGAAAUUCCUGGGCUUUGGUGUAUCUACUCGCCUAAGAUUGAUCAGUACGAGUAUAGGGUAGAAAUCGAGGAAAAGAGUUACUAUGGAAAUUAUGAUGACAUUUGGUUUUCCAUUGUAAAUAUCGUAACUUCCUUUGUGGUAAUACAGUUGUUUUACUAUAUAAGGACAAAGAGACCCAUUAUAUUCCAAGCAGUAAUAAUGCUCCAGCUUGCAAAAGUGGCGAUUUUUGCAAUAACGGCUGUAUUGGCUUUUUUCGAUUUCCCAAUUAUUGAAUAUGCAGAGUAUGUUGUAGCUAGUCUCGACGAUAUUUUCACCGUUUUAUUCCUCAUGGGUUACGGAUUUAGUUACUCCAACUAUAAUGAUCCAAGUGUCAAGAAGAUUUUACUAUUAUCGAUGUUAACUGUGAUACCCUCAUUUGCAUCGCGCUAUUUUGAUUUCAAAGAAGAUAUCAAUCUUCUUUACAUAAACAUGCAGCAUUACAAUGUUGUUCAAGGCAUUCUUGGGUCAGAUAAAUUUGACGGCUUGAGUUCAGUCGAGAGAGUAGCUAAAAACUUGAGAAUCAAUGAAUAUAGUGGGCCCGUGGCGUUGUUAUUUGGUUUUGCAAAAUUAUUGAAAAUAUUUGUCAUUAUACAUGCAAUACGCCAGACCCUCAAAAAACUCACUAUUGUCAACCCAGUUGCAAGGCCUUGUUUCAUAUCAGUUGUUGUAGUUUGGUUGUUUUUGUGGCUGUUUGUUAAUGCCGCUUGUGUCCCUAGUACUUUAUACGACUACUACAAUGUAAUUGAUUACAGCAAGACAUUGAAGCAAUUUUUAUUAGCAAGCUUGAGAAAUAAGUAUAUCACAUUCUUAUGGGAUGAAUCUCAUUGGUUUGCGUUGAGAUUUAUUUUGACUUUGGGAAAGGGUUUAUUAGUAGAUGAUGGACAUGUAGUAGAGAAGAAAGUAGUCAAGCGACACUAG